AUUUUGACUUUUCAAAAGUUCUGCUAAACGGGCCUUAUUAUGAUAGCCAUAAACCAAUUUUGUGAGUCUCACACGUUGCAAAACUAACCUUGGACGUGCAUAGUUGCAAGAUUUGGAUUUAACAAAUGAAUUUAAUUAAAUAAAAAUCAAGUAAUGGACCCUAUAAAUAGACAACUUUCUCCCGUAAUUAAACCCACUCCCCCAUUUACACAAAUCUUUUUCUGUUUUUCUUCUCCACAAUGCUAAUGGUGGCUAGCCAAAAAAUCUCUUCUCUGCUACUGGCCCUGUUCUUUAUAGGAACCACAGUUGUUUCAGCCACAGUUUUCACGCUUCAAAACAGUUGCAGUUACACAAUCUGGCCGGGGACACUCUCCGGUAAUGGAGGCGCCAUUCUUGGGGACGGCGGCUUCGCAUUAGCCCCCGGAGGAACCAGCCAACUCCCCGGCCCGCCGGGUUGGUCAGGCCGUUUUUGGGCCCGAACAGGUUGCAACUUCGACGAAGCCGGGAACGGAAAAUGCAUAACUGGUGAUUGCGGCGGCACAUUAAAAUGCAACGGCGGUGGCCAACCGCCUGUGUCCCUUGUCGAAUUCACACUUGCACGUGACAACACGGAGAAAGAUUUCUACGACGUUAGCCUCGUCGACGGCUACAAUGUGGGCCUCGGUGUCCGUCCCUCCGGCGGCUCCGGCGAUUGCCAGUACGCCGGUUGCAUAGCCGACCUCAAUGGAAGCUGUCCUAAAGAAUUACAAGUGACAGACCCGGCCUCCGGUUCGGUAGUGGCGUGUAAAAGCGCGUGCGCUGCCUUUAACACAGCGGAGUAUUGCUGCACCGGCGAACACUCGACGGCUGCGACUUGCCCGCCGACACAGUACUCUCAGAUGUUCAAGAAUGCUUGCCCGACAGCUUAUAGUUAUGCGUACGACGAUGCUUCAAGUACACGCACAUGUUCGGUUGCGGAUUAUUUGAUCACAUUUUGUCCCACAACGUCGUAAAUUACCAUUAAUUCAUGGUUGAUGCUUAUUAUUAAACAUACAAUAAAUUGCAUCAAAAACUUGAUUAUGUUGAGUUAAUUUUUAACUUUUGUGCAUUUUUAUAAAUAAUUACUUCAUAGA